UUUCCCAAGGCAAUAGCUUUCAUCGAACUUGCAUCCAUUCUUGCUUGUUUCUUUCACAUGGAUGUUUUACAUAAUAGAUACACCAGUGCAGGCCGUGAGGCUAUGUAAUAUUCUUCUUCUUGGCCAACACUGACACUUGCGCCAUGGAUCGCCAAGGCAAAAGAAAACGACACUCUACCCCUGAUUCUGAGCUUCACCUACCAAAGCGGCACUCCGUUACGCUAUCCGACACUGAUCAUCAGCAGUCAUCCGCCCCAUCGUCAGCAUUCUACCCCUCCCAGCUCCAUCCCACUGGCCAGGCUCUCCUCACCAGCGAUAGUAGUCUUCACGGUUGGCACAGUGGACCUCACCGCGUCGCCCCCGGAGUCGCGCCCAUGUCUUCUGAUGUUUCAUACCAAGCAGCCUCCUAUAAGAGUAUGACCGAGCCACACGGGCCGUCCUCCAGUCAUCCGCACCCCCACACUUCGGCAUCAUCGCCUCAGGUUAGCCCGCAGAGCCUUCAAGCAUAUGGCAAUAGUCCCCUUGAUUGGUACAAUGGACCCUAUCUCGUCAGUCCCGGAGUGGCGCCUACUUUUGGUGAUCGAUACCAGGCGCCUCCCCAAAGCAAUGGGACUACGUUGCUCGGGCCAUCUUACAGUCAUUUGUACCCCUACACCACGGCAUCAUCGCCUCAAACCCUUGUCAGCCCGCAGAACCUCGGAGCCGCCCGCCUCAUUGAUCAUGAUUGUCCCAAUGGACUCAAACCUGUUUCCCCCGGAGUCGCGCCUACUUUUGGAUCUUCUGGCGAUUGUUACCAGAUGCCUUUCCAAAGCAGUGCGACUGCGCUGCCCGGGUCAUCUUACGGUCGUCUGCACCCAUAUACCUCGGCUUCAUCACCCCAGGUCCAUCCCGUUGGUCCACAGCCUCCCCAAAUCUCGGGUCUCGACAAUAUUUCUCAUGGUUACAGAUCAGUGGGGUCAUCUCUCAGGGUUUACGAGGCUGCGUCCGCUUCUGGUCCUCCCGGUGACCCUUGGCCUUUCCCAAUUCCCGUGCUUGAGCUACCUGAGAAUGAAUCGCAAUUACAGGAUUUGGUCUCAUCGCUUGGAAUCUAUCACGCCAGCUCACAAACCCCCUGCGAAGGUAGUGACCGUGAUCGGUGGGAUGGAUCGACGGAAUCUCAUCCCGAAAUUUCCCGGAUUGUGGCAUCAUGGUCACCUUCUGGCGGUCUCCAGUCCCUCGCACCAGAUAUGAGGACCUGGCGGUCAAAUGUCAAUAGUGCCAGCAGAUCGAGCACACCUGUCUCCGAAUUAUCUGCUACCACCGCGCCCGUACAUUCAUCUCCUGCGCAUUCGGACCGAUUGCCAUCUCCCUCUUCGGCGCCAUCGGGCUCCGAAUCCCAUUGUGAUACUCCUAACCCUUGGGCCCCCUACGGCAAUAAUGCAAGCGUCCGCACACAACUGGAAAAUGCAGGGAUGAAUUUACCUGUACCCCCUGCGUCAGAACCGACUCCGUCGCCGUCGGCUGGCCAGUCGGAUGGCAAAAAGAAGAGUAUCAUUAGUGCCACUAGGCUCAUUCUCCGAACUGCAUCCACCGCUCUCAAAUUUUCUCCCAUCCCGUUCCUCCCUCACAUUCCCGACUUGCUUCUCACGCUGCUUCAGGUUUACGGGAAUGUUAGUGGUAAUAAUGAAGCUCUCACAGGGCUGAGUGAUGAUGUGCAAAAUGCAUAUAACACGAUUCUGCGCCCCCUCCAGCUAUGGACGGGACACAUUCCUCCCGAAGUCAUUUUCCCACUCAAAGAUUUACACUUGGCCCUAGAAGACCAAGUCAAGAGGAUCAAGCCGCUCGAGAGUCAGAGUCGAAAGCCUUUGAAGAAAAUAUUCACGGCAGGCUCUUUAGCGCAAAGCAUAAAUGGUGUGAGGACGUGUAUUAGUGAAGCUCUCUCCCGGUUCGCGACGGUGGCAACAACUUUAAACCUCCUCAAUACGAUUCAGGUGUCGGUGGAUUACGAGCUUUCAAAACUGCCCAAAGUAGGUGCCGAGUAUUACCGUGUGAAGAGCAAGUCAGAAUGCCUCGAAACCACUCGGGACACCAUCCGUAGCUCAAUUCUCGAGUACCUGAGGGAUCCUAAGAACCGAUUUGUCUGGCUGCGUGGUUCGCCCGGGACCGGGAAAACUGCGAUAUCUAUGAGUGUAGCUUCCACGCUCGACAAGCAGCGCACCCUUGCAGCAUCCUUCUUCUGGGAUAAGAACCAAGAGGGAACAGGACUCGAUUCAAUUGAACGCUUCCCCUCCACUCUUGCCCGACAGCUUGCGGCAUUCAACGCUGAGUAUAAGAGCUUGCUUAUCAGGCAACUUCGGGAUCCCGCUUCAUUCAGCAGUAUUGAUGGUUCCGCUGCAGAGAAAGAGGUGAAAGCUUGGAUCAUUAACCCUAUGCGUGAACUCGGGGGUGUAUUGUCUUUGGGAAAGGGUCGCCCUGUGAUCGUAUUGGAUGGACUCGAUGAGUGCGGGAAUCCAGACGUGCUUGCGUCCUUGACGAGGCUCGUUCUUCUGCUUGAUCAGCUGCCUUCGACAUUUGCCAUACUCGUCAGCUGCCGUCCAGAGCCGCAAGUAGUCUCCGCUUGGGCUCGAGUCAAUCCGCAUCUUUCAAUCGCUCAUGAAGAUAUGGAUCAGAUUGCGGAAGACGAAAAUUCCCACACAAUCCGUUGUAUGGUCGAGAAAGGGCUUCAAGAUUGUUUCAUGGAGUCUCCCUGGAAACCGACCAAGAAGGACCUCGAUGCGUUCUCUUCAGCUUGCCGUGGCUUGCCUAUUAUUGCCUCGACCCGAAUACGUGACGUCCUCCUUCAAAUUGAAUGCGGUUCGGUGCUGAAAACCGAGUUUGAUUACUAUCGCAAUCUCAUCGACGCGCCUCGGGAUCUGAACUCGGAGUACUUGCGAAUACUGCGACGGGCUUAUCUACAACACCGUCCAAAAAUUGAUCCACACAUCGCAAAGAAAUACCGUGAGGUUGUUGGGAUGAUGAUUGUUGCACGGAGGAAACUCAGUGUGUAUGACCUGUCACAGCUCCUCGGAUUGAUUCCUGAGCAUGAAGUGCACUCGAUACUCAAGCCCAUCAGCUCAAUAAUCGAUCUACCCUCAGUGAACAAGAAGCCCGUCAAAUUCUACCAUGCGACAGUGAAGGAAUUUAUCACAGGGAUUCCGAUUGGCAAGAAAAAGGACAAAGUAUUCUUUAUUAGCGACAAGAAAGGGUAUUCGAUUGGGUUGCAGCUCCUUCGGUUUCUGAAUGGUGUCAUUGAAAGGAAUGAGUUUGGUUUCCCUACUGAACUUCCUUUGGGAGACGAAGAGAAGUGGAAGUCUAAGACUCGGAGGAUUCGGCAACCCAACCAUAUCGACUAUGUGCUUACACACUUGUUCCAACACUUGGACCCUUCGCUCCUCUUUUCACGCGAAUCUAAUUAUUUGCAGAGAGAAUUUGAACAAUUUUGGACGCAAAACUUGGUUUCACUCUGGUCAGCAGGAGGCGACACAGUUGUUCCUUCUGAUUGGAACCAAUUCAAGGUGAGCCCCAAAUGAAUUGUAUUUCAAGUGUUUCGAUGAUGUGAUGUCACUUUGUUUUACAGAAUCAUGAGUCAAUCUCUGUCAUCCGUGGCACUCAGAAACUCUUUAGCCAUUCCCCAUGGGAUGCUUAUCGAU